AUGGAGGUGUUACGAUGGGAUAAUAGCUUUGGAUAUAAUGUGUUCCUUACGAACGUUAGUUAUGGAAAUGCUGGAGACUGUUUCUCAAAAGCACUGUGUAUGCCGCGUGGUCUGUUUAAUAUUGACCUCACUGGAACUGGUCUAAGGGUAACUAUAGAAAACUUUAUAUAUAACCCAUAUAUAUAUAUUCACAAUAUUAUUAAUACAUAAAAAUAUUAAUAUUGUUUUGUCGAUUAUGAUAAUUAUAGGCAAACACACCCUGUGUUUGUUUAUAUUUUUGAGGAUUAUCAUAUCGAGCCCGCUAACUGUAUCACCAUUUUACAAUGGUUUGUUGGGUCUCUGGGUUUCUAGAUCUCUGGGUUGAAACCCAUAGCCCUAGAAACCUUGGGACUAAAGACCUAUAGAAGCCCAAAAACGUAUAAAUCCGUAAACCUACAGUCCUAAAAACCUAUAAAGUUACAAACAGUAAACCUAUGAUAUAUAUGUUCACGAUAUUAAUACAUAAAAAUAGUGAUAUUGCUUUCUCGAUUAUUUAUCAACCCUAAUGACGCUUUGUCCUGACAGAUAAAACCGGGCGUUUCCUGGGGAAGAGGCGCUUGGCCGGCUGAACACAAAAAAUUGUAUACAAUUCAUGAAGAUCUUUAUGCUCAAGUUAUUGAUGCCAAUUGUGGUGCAUACUGCGGUUCGUGUUAUCCGAACGGACCAUUGUACUUGGAAGUCGUUGUUCCGCACGCACAUUUGUCUCAUUUUGGCAAGAAAAUUUUGUCGUUGAUUGACACUAGCGAUCAGGGGAAAAGCAAAAGAAAUUUAGAUCUUUCAAAUGGUGAGUUUCGUUCGGUUUAUGUUGUCGAAGCUCCUGUGAUGGAAAUAUCUUGUCCAUGAUAGUGUAAGGUUUUUGCAGAUGGAAAUUACAAGUGUAAAUUUUAUACAUUUAUCAGACUUAACCAGGAACAGUUGUGAAAAAUAUAUAGAUAAUUUUUUUAUCUUGGCAAAAAAAGUAUAUUCCCGGAAAGAGUAUAUACUAAAAUGAGUAAAAUUGCAAAGUUUGGUUACGAAAUAUUGUAAAAUGCGGAAAAUAUAGCCUUGCAAUGUUCGCAAAUUUUGUAUACUUUUGUCUUGCGUGCGGAAAUUGCUGCCACAUUUGGGCCGAAAAUGGUAGCAAUUUCCGCAUGCAAUGCAAAAGAAUACAACAUUUGCGAACUUUGCAAGGCUAUAUAUAUUUUCCGUAUUUUACAACAUUUCGAAACUAAACUUUGCAAUUUUACUCAUAUUAGUAUGCUCUUAGUCUAUAAUGGGAAUUGUCCAUUAUAUGCUCUCUGACAGGAAUCAAAACUGUGGCCCUGCGAUUCCUACCAGUGUGCCUACAGUUGUUGUGCCUCCUUGUUAAGCCCGUUUUCCCACUAUAAGAGAAUUUGUUCGCACGAAGCGAAAAACAAAUUUCGGCAAUGUGAUUGGUUGGUGAAAAAUUAUCGCCUGCUGGGAAAUGGGUUUAAGGUCUAAUAAAAUUUACAGUCGAAAUUGCCAUCUGUAAAACCCUAGUAGUUCUACAGUAUCAAGUGAGAUAUGCCCCAAAUCCCGAUGAUAGUGUAAUCCCACUGAGCUAUACUAUAUCAUAGUAAAGCUCAGUGUGUAAUCCCCUUUCAAAGACUUAUACGCCUGUAUUCUAAAAGUUCACUCACACUCAAUGAGUGGAGGUUCAAUCUGAGCUUCUCUUGAGUGUCAGUGCUGUUUUUGAAUAGCUGAAGGCUUAGUGCUGUACUGUGCUAUAUGUCACUACUCACCCUACAUGUAUUCAUAAACAGCAUUGACACUCAGGCGCCUCUUUUGAAGCUCAGAUUGAACCCCCCACUCAUUGAGUUUGAGUGAUCUUUUAGAAUACAGUCGUUAAUGCCCGUUUUUUACUUGGCGAUUCUUUUCGCGCAAAGCGACUUCCUCCUUUUUCGGUCAGAUUAAACUUAAGUACUUAUAAAUUAUUAUUAAUUGCGAGAUCCGUACCUUUCACAGCUUUGCAAGCAUUUUUAGAAAGAUUGAGAAAAUCACUAUCCGGUGGAUAGCGCUAUACAGCCUUCAUACGUGCAACCUGCUUUAUAGGCUAUGUUAAUGUCUAACUUACACAUUUGCUCAAAAUGUUUAAAAAUAUUUGUACUUUUAGUGUGCAGUGAACCGGUGGGUUUGGAAGACGGCCGUAUACCAGAUAGUUCAUUCUCUGCAUCUUCUUUCUUCUCGUCUGGCAACGUUAAGAAUGAAGCUACUAAAGCUAGGUUAAAUGAUCCAAAUGGUGGGUGGAGAGCAAAGGAUAACGAGGUGGAACCUUGGCUGCAAGUUGAUUUGUUGUUUCUUCGUCUGGUUACUGGUUUUGCAACACGCGGAGGCCCGAAUAGAUAUUUAAAGACAUAUUUUCUCUCCUUUGGGUUUGCUGCUGACCAACUGAUGGUUUAUUUAGAUGUUUUUAAACAAAGAAAAGUAAGUAAGACCUGUACAGUUUUUUCUUGACAAGCUGGAACUUUUCCCAUUUUUCCAAAUGUUAUUUAAUUUUUGUUUCCUGGUUUGGCCACCUUUGGGAAACAUGGCUAGGAAACAAUGUUUUCUGGGUUUUUUCCUUUGAAAAAAAUGGCUUAUUAUGGCUAGGAAACAACGUUUUCUGGGGUUUUUUUGGCUUUGAAAAAAAUGGCUUAUCAUUAUGGCUAGGUAAUGCUUCCUGGUUUGCCCACCUUCACGAAACGUGGCUUGAAAACAAUGUCCCCUGGUUUGCCCACCUUCCGAAAACAUCGCUAGGAAACAAUGCCUUCUUCUGUGCUCAAAAACUGACAUUAACUAAGUUGAAAACACUUCAUAUUUUUCAGGUCUUUGUGAGAAAUAAGAACGGCAUAACAAUCGAUAAAAAGGUGUUACAUAAACCUUUUUUUGCUCGGCAUGUUCGUUUUACUUUAUUGACGUGGGAAACCUCAGCUAAAAUGAAUGCUGAGAUCUAUGUCUGUCCUAGAGGUAGGUUGCUGUAGAUAGCGUGCUACGAUGACGACUAGCAUUUCUAUAGCACAAAUUUACAUGUGCAUGGAUAUCAUCAAAUGCGCUUUACAUCAAGUAUUACGCUUACCUAAUUACAUACUUACUUAGCCUGGACUAUUUUAUCUUUAUAACAAUUUGACCAUUUGCAUUAUAAACUAAAUUUUGGUCUUGAUUUCAUCACAGCUUGAAAGAGCAUCACAAAAUUAGUAAUAUUCCAAAGUUUCGUUGCGAAAUGUUGUAAAAUGUGGAUAAUAUAGCCUUGCAAAAUUUGCAAUUUUCAGUCAUUUUGUAUUACAAACGGAAAAUUGAUACUGGACUGUCAAUUGAUAUUACAAACGGAACGCUAAUAAUUAAAACAUUACAUUUCAAGCUGUCAUGAAAUUUUUGUCUAGAUCAAAAUUUAGUCUGUAAUGCAAAUGGUCCAUUACAUACUUAGCCUGGACUAUUUUAUGUUUACAACAAUUGUGAUAUUACUUUCUUAACUGUGUUUAUCCUAACCCACCCUGUCAACUUUCCUUGUGGGAGGAAACCGGUGCACUUGGCUGACUCUUUUCACAUGAGUCCGUAGCGAGAAUCGAACCCACGAACUCAGACGUGAAAGGCGCAUGCUCUGAUGACUUCGCCACCGAAGUCCCCUAACAUUCAUCUCAAUGUUACAUGCAAGUAUAGCCGUGUUUACACUACGAGCCUAAGCCUGGCCUAGGCCUAGCUUUGGACUAGAUUUUUGGAGUGUAAACGCACUUUGGGCCUGGCCUAGGUCAGGAAAUCUGGGCCAUCAGAACAGGUGUUCCACAUUUCCUAACCUAGGCCAGGCCCAAAGUGCGUUUACACUACAAAAAUCUAGUCCAAAGGUAGGCCUAGGCCAGGCUUAGGCUCGUAGUGUAAACACGGCUAUAUGACCUUUCAAACACAGUGAAGCAACCAUAUAACAGACAAGUUGGGACAGAAGCUUGAGGUUUUUAGUGCCAAAUAAAAGUUUUGCCUUGUAACUAUUCUUGGGUUUCAAUCACGUGAUAUUGUAGCAUAAUUUUAAAAAUUUUUUAAAACUUUUUUUGUAGCAUAAUUUGACUCGGGUGGGGUCAAUCAAUGAACUGAGCUAGGUCAACUAAAAGACCGUCAUGAUUUCUUUUGUGUAUUCCUCCUGAGUUAUUUAAGAGUUUGACAAUGUUUAUUACAGCUACCUAUCAUCAUAUGGUCAUAUCAGGUGACUUCCAUUUUCUCGAGUCUUCCUACCCUGAUGAUAAAGGAGACCGUGGAGAACUGGUAACUAGGAUAAUGCCGCCAGUGUACACGUGCGCGAGGUUCAAGUAUCACAUGAUCGGCUCUGACAUGGGACGUCUGGAUGUAUAUGUUGAGGAGGUGAAUGCAGGAAGAAGAUUACUCUGGAGUGUUGCUGGAGAACAGAGGUCGCGCGCCUGGAUGAAAGCAACAAUACCUUUGCAAGUUGGGACAGCAUUCAAGGUAAAUAUGCUAACUGAAUACAUCAAUCUCGUUCCCCGAGCCUGCGAUCCUCGGGAAGGAAACGAAGGCUCUGGGUUAAUCCGUUGCCGAAAGCCAG